CGGGGGGCUGUGAGGUUGGCGGGGGUGGGCAGGCACGCUGCUGCCGCCGCCACUUGGUGGUCCCCAGGGCUUAGGACCCCUCCCGGGGAGUUAGCCCCAGAGGGGAAGGGCUUUGCUGGAAUACGGAGGGGUGCUUGGCCGCGAGUCCUUGGCCGUGAUCGCGGGCAUGUGUGCGUGCGCGUGUUUAUCUGAGGCUCCGCGGGGCAGCGGACCCUGCCCCCUCGGCCCAUUCCUCCUUCCGUUAACUCGGGGUUUUGGCCAAAUUUGGCGAGGGCACAAAAUAACCACUUACCCCUUCUCACCGAGGAAGAACGGGAGAAAGGGCAUGGCGCAGUCCCAAGGCUGGGUGAGAAGGUACUUCAAGGCCUUUUGUAAAGGCUUCUUUGUGGCGGUACCUGUGGCAGUGACUUUCUUGGAUCGAGUUGCCUGUGUGGCAAGAGUGGAAGGAGCAUCGAUGCAGCCUUCUUUGAAUCCUGGGGGGAGCCAGUCAUCUGACGUGGUGCUUUUGAACCAUUGGAAAGUGAGGAAUUUUGAAGUACAACGUGGUGACAUUGUGUCAUUAGUAUCCCCUAAAAACCCAGAACAGAAGAUUAUUAAGAGAGUGAUUGCUCUUGAAGGAGAUAUUGUAAAAACUAUGGGACACAAAAACCGCUAUGUCAAAGUCCCCCGUGGUCACAUCUGGGUUGAAGGUGAUCAUCAUGGACAUAGUUUUGACAGUAAUUCAUUUGGGCCGCACCAGGUGAAUGUGGCAAGAGAACACUGUUUUGAGAAAUGCAGAUCUUGGGAUGCAAUCUGGAGAAUCAGUUUAGGAUCUGACUGUGAAAGAGUCCUGGUUCAUCCUUGCAACUUGCUCAGCUCAAAGCCCUGGAUUUCAGCCUUGGUUUUGGUGUAAUAUAUCUGAAGUCAGAGCCAAAGCAGAAGGUUGAAGACAUGAAGCCUUACCUCUCUCCCAAGUUUCUAUGGGCUCUAUUUCAUGUGGUGCCAUCUCUCUGUGGAUAAGUCAACUGGAAAUUUUACAGCAUGACUCACCAAGGAGUAGCACUGAGUUCUGUGGUUUUGGUGGGGAAGCAGUGCCAGAAAAGAUUAAUGUAUUCUGUUUUAAGACUGAAGUGAGGUUAUUUUAUGUAGCUUCAAGAUUCCUUCUCUUCUUGCAGUCUAUGCAGAUUCAAAUUCAGUACAAUUUAAAUGACAAAGGGUGACUUGAGCUGUUUAACAAAUGGGAGAUCGAUAUUAAUCAUCAGGUUUUUGGAGCUUCACCCUGAACAGAGUGGGGAGUGAUAAGUCCUCCUAGGAGUACUUCCACAGAUGCACUAUAUUAGUAGACUUUGCUUGGCUAUUCUUUGUUCAAUAAUUAAUUAGAAGUCUUUUCAAAAGUCUCCUUAUGUCUCCUGAACUUGGAGCAAUAACAUUUUUAUCCUGUGCUGAUAAAUUCUAAGAUUCAUAUUUAGAUUGAUUUAAUAUGUGUUCCAGUUAGUAUGUGAUAUUUAUUUUGUUUUUAAUCUUAUUGUUAGUUGUUCUUGUAUGACAGUUUAAGAUUAAAAGCUGCUAAGUGUCUGAAGCUGUGGUAAGAUUUUCUUUGCAUCCUCUUCCUUUUCACCAUUGUACCUUUCUUCGAUCAUUUUCUUUGUCAGCCCAGCUAGAUGCCUAGGCUUUGAAGAGAUGAUUCAUUCAUUUGGCUUAGGGUUUGUCAGGGUUACUUUCAUGUUGCCAAAACCAGUGAUCUUUCCCAUGUAUUCCUCUUAUUUAGCCUUUCAACAGUAUUCUAUAUAGUUGACCACUUCCUCUUUAAAACAUAUUGAGAAUUUUUUUCUCUUAGCUUCCUUGAAACUGUACAACCAGUCAUUUUUUUCUCAGCCUCUUUUCACUUUCAUUUUUCUCUCCCUUGGCCUGCCCCUGAGCUCUGUCCUAUUCUUUCAUCCCUAUUUAAAGCUCUCCCUGAGAAAAAAUGAAUCUAAUGUCUUUAAAAGAUGUAUUUUAUGCACUGGUGUUUGGAAUUAUAUCUCCAGAUUGAUCUUAUCACACUUGGAUAGUCAAUAAGCAUCUCAGAUUUAACAUGUCUAGAGUGAAAUUCUUUGUUCCUUCCCACUCCCAUCUUCUUUCCUCAGAUCUCCCAGAUUUUAGUAGAUGACAUCACCGUCUACCCAGUUACUCAAGCCAAAAAGCUCAGAGUCCUUAAUGUCUCACUUUUUAUCACUCCCAUCUGCACCCUACCAUCAGAGCCUGGUAAUUCUGCCACCAUCAUAUCCUAAACUUGCCUUAUUUCACCCACUUCUGUUACUGCCUCUCUCACCCAACCACGAGAGGUUCCUUAACUGGCCCACAAGCUUUCCUUCUUCAUCUUCUAAACUCUAAUAUCCAGAUAGCAGCUGGGGCCAUCUUACCCACAAAUCAGGUCUCUCUCCUACAAGAAACACUUCAGUGGCCUCCUGUUGCUAUUAGAAUUAGAAAACUUCUCUACAGUGUUUUCUCUGACUCGCUUGACUGUCGCCUUCAGGGGUCUCGCACCAGGUGGCUCCCGGAUCUCAGUCUUCCCUAUGCUGUGCACCACUCCGGUCUUUCAGCUACUUGAACAGGCCAUAGGUCUUCUGUACUAGGCGGAUCCUCUUCCUGGAAUUCUCUUCCCUUAGGUCUUUCUGUAGCAGCUCCCUAUUUUCCCCAGUUUGGAGCAGAUUUGGCUGUGUACCCAGUUUAAAGUGAAACACACACACACACACUUCUGCCAUCACUAUUAUUACUGUGCUAUUUUUUUCAUAACUUGCCACUAUCUUAUUUCACUUCUUUAUUUAUUUUCUUUUUUUAAUUCCCACUAAUAGAAAUUAAGUUUCAUGAGGUCAAGAACCAUGUCUUUCCAGUUCACUGAUAUAAAACAGUGCCUGACUCAUCACAAGCACUUAAUACAAUUUUUUUUUUUUAAUGGAUAAGUGGUUUUCUGAUCUGUGAAUGAGCUUAGCUCUAAUGGUGCCUCCUGGUUUAGAAAUAAGUUAGUGGAACAUAUCCAAGGACAUCUUUGGAAAAAAGAGACUCUGUUUGUAGAGGCCAGUGGAGGUUGGAAUUGGGGUCAUGGCAUGGGUACUUUCCAGAAAGCACUGGAUGACUCUAGAGAGUGAUAUGGAAACAAAGUGAUGAUCCAGCAAUCUCACUUCUGGGUAUAUAUCCAAAGGAAAUAAAACCAUUAUCUUGAAGAGGUAUCUUUACAUGUACUUGAAUGUACAUGUUCAUUGCAGCAUUAUUCAUAAUAGACAAUAUAUGAAGAUAUCCUAAGUGUCCAUGAGAGGAUAAAUGAAUAAAGAAAUAUUGUACAUACAUGUUGUACAUACAGAUGUACAAAAUAUUGUAAUACAAACGUACAUAUAUGUGCACGCCAUAAUUUCUUCAUUCAUUAUGUGCAUAUACGUAUGCAUACACGCACAAAAGUAUAUUUGUUAUUCAGCUGUGAGAAAAAAAGAAAUGUUACCAUUUGCUGCAACAUGAUGGACCUUGAGGGCAUUGUGCUAAGUGAAAUAAGCCAAAGAAAGACAAAUAUUGUAUGAU